CAUACGAAGAGCGAUUUACUGAUCAAGUGUGUGUCUUGUCUUCCCUCGCGUCACACGUUAUUAUCAUGACCUACGCGAGUUUGAAGCUGCACGUCAUACCAGGCAGAGCGUAGUAGUAGAGAAGUGACAGGAAGAGAGAGCAGUCGUUAUCGUCGAUUAGAAUACACGCUCCUUUGCUCGGUAGCAGCGGCGGUCCAAAGCCAUGGCGGAACCCGUCAACACGCCCAUGAACACAGCACCGCCCACGCGGUCGACGUCUCCCGUGCCACCGCUGCCCACGUCAACGCCACAGUCCCACGCAUCGUCGCCGACGUCAACAAGAACGCCUCAAUGGCCCGCUCACUCGCGCGCCACCUCUCUCACCGUACCCGUCUACGGAGGCCCCAAGCCCGUUGUGCUGCACAUCGGAGACCCGGUCAAGUACAACCCGGGGACGUAUGCCGAGUUCUCAGCACAGUUUGACAUCGUGCGGCCCAGUGCAGACGAGCGCGCACGCCCUGCCUUUAUAGCUGCGCUGAAGGAGAAAAGAUGGGGCGAUUUUGCGGCUAUCUUCCGCCCAUUCUGGAGCACGGGUGGUGAAAUGGGCAACUGGGACGCCGAGUUGAUUGACUUGCUCCCGAAUAGUGUGCGCGUGUUCGCUAGCGCAGGUUCGGGUUUCGACUGGGCUGAUGUGGAACUCCUCGGGCAGAAAGGCAUCAUAUACUGCAACUCCGGUCUCGCAGCCGCCGAGGCCGUCGCCGAUUUCGCUGUUGCCCUCAUAAUUAGCACCUUCCGCGCCCUGCCGUACUGCAUCUCAUCAGCCACCUCACCAACCAACUUCCAAGCCUCGCACGAGCACACCACAGCGCUCUCUCACAAUCUCCGUGGCCACGUGCUCGGCCUUGUGGGCUUCGGCAACAUCGGCCAGCAGAUUGCGCAUCGUUGCGUGACCGCGUUUGGCAUGGAGGUCACUUACUACGACAUCGAGCGUAAAAGCGGUGCAGUGGAGGCUGGGCUGCAUGCGCGAUACUGCAUGACGCUUGAAUCCCUCAUCCGCGGUGCCGAUUGCGUCGUGCUCUGUACGCCGUCAAGUGCGGGCCAGAUCAUUAAUGCUGACAGUUUGCGAUGGUUUAAACCUGGAGCGCGACUAGUGAAUGUGGCGAGGGGUGCGCUCGUGGACGAAGAAGCCCUAGCUGAUGCGCUUGAGCAGGAUCGUAUCGGUAGCAUUGCGCUCGACGUACAUGCCAAUGAACCAAACGUUAGUGAGAGGUUGAGUACAUUCGCGGGUAGUAGGGCCCUUUUCACGUGUCAUAACGCUGGCGGCACGGUCGAGACGCACAUUGGCUUCGAGGAGCUCUCCAUGCGGAAUAUCAUGGCUGUCUUGAGCGGACGCGAGCCAGUCACACCCGUCAAUCUACAAUAUUUGAGAUGACAACGUCGAUGCAAUAUCAAGCGAAGGCGAGAAAGAGCAGGAGCUCAUACAUUACGUUUAAUUGAAGAGGGGGAAAUUAGGGCCGAUAUUGAGCCCGCAAAGAGCGGUCGAACAUGUUUGAGAGUUAGGAGUUCUAGUUGCAUUUAUGGUGCAUUACAUCAUCACAAGACAGUUUGCACAGAUAAGAAGGCAUACAUGCGAGGAGGGUAUCACACGAUACUAACUAGUUGAGUGCCUUGCCUGGCACCUAGGUUUGCGUAAGCUACUUACAUUCCGGGGGUAGCUGGAAUAGAAAAACAAAGUACAACAUUUGCAAACUUUUUCAGCCACCGAUUAAGUGUGUACUUGUGGUCCACUGCAUAGUCAAGCAAACGGAUUUCUACGAUCUCAGCUCUGGCGAGAAUCAGAUUGUGACUCGCCGUCACGCUACAAGAUAUGAUCUAGAAGUAAUUGGAAUCACAAGAAACACAGAAGUACAGAAAUGAAUUUUUCCAAUCUUUGAUUUGGGAUUCAAUUACUUUCGCUAUAAGUAUAUAAUACUACGCAGGGUAGGUGACCAAA